CCCCAGGCCCCGGCGCGGCGCGAGGACGCGCGGCGCGACACCGCCGAACUCGGAGGCCGCCCCCCACGCCCUGCGCACGAAGAUGGCCGCGGAGCUGUACCCGCCAGCUGGAGCGGCCGCUGCCGCUACCGCUACCGCCACCGACAUCGCCAACAGCAACGCCGCUGGCGCAGCCGCGGGCAGGAAAGCCAGCCCGCGCAGCCCGCCCCGCCCGGCGCCAGCCCCGCCACCGCCCGCGCCCGCGCAGCCCGCCCCCGACAACAACAACCCUGAGAGCCCCAACUGGCAGUCCUUCCAUCCGACGCUGCGCGAGAGGAACGCGCUUAUGUUCAACAACGAGCUCAUGGCAGACGUACACUUCAUCGUGGGGCCGCUGGGGGCGGCCAGGCGGGUGCCCGCUCAUAAGUACGUCUUGGCCGUCGGCAGCUCUGUCUUCUAUGCUAUGUUCUAUGGGGACCUUGCAGAGGUCAAGUCCGAAAUCCACAUUCCUGACGUGGAGCCUGCGGCAUUCCUGGUCUUGUUAAAGUACAUGUACAGUGAUGAGAUCGAGUUGGAGGCUGACACGGUGCUGGCGACUCUGUAUGCUGCUAAGAAGUACAUUGUGCCUGCGCUAGCAAAAGCCUGUGUCACCUUUUUGGAGACAAGCCUGGAAGCCAAAAAUGCAUGCGUCCUGCUGUCCCAGAGCCGGCUGUUUGAGGAACCUGAACUGACCCAGCGCUGCUGGGAGGUCAUUGAUGCACAGGCUGAGAUGGCCCUUCGGUCGGAAGGCUUCUGUGAAAUUGACCGGCAGACCCUGGAGAUCAUCGUGACCCGUGAGGCCCUCAACACUAAAGAGGCAGUGGUCUUUGAAGCUGUCUUGAACUGGGCUGAAGCAGAGUGCAGAAGGCAGGGCCUGCCAGCCACCCCACAUAACAAGAGGCACGUAUUGGGGCGAGCCCUCUAUCUGGUCCGAAUCCCAACUAUGACUCUGGAGGAGUUUGCCAAUGGUGCUGCCCAGUCGGACAUCCUGACCCUGGAGGAGACCCACAACAUCUUCCUGUGGUACACAGCUGCCAACAAGCCCCUCCUUGACUUUCCCCUGACCAAGAGGAAAGGCCUUGUUCCACAGAGGUGCCACCGCUUCCAGUCUUCUGCCUACCGCAGCAACCAGUGGCGGUACCGUGGGCGCUGUGACAGCAUCCAGUUUGCCGUGGAUAGAAGGGUGUUUAUAGCAGGUCUGGGCUUAUACGGGUCCAGCUCUGGGAAGGCUGAGUACACCGUAAAGAUUGAACUCAAGCGGCUGGGGAUGGUCCUGGCUCAGAACCUGACCAAGUUUGUGUCGGAUGGAUCCAGUAACACCUUCCCGGUCUGGUUUGAGCACCCAGUCCAGGUUGAGCAGGACACCUUCUACACUGCCAGCGCUGUCUUAGACGGCAGCGAGCUUAGCUACUUUGGGCAGGAAGGGAUGACGGAAGUACAGUGUGGGAAGGUGGCCUUCCAGUUCCAGUGUUCUUCAGAUAGUACCAAUGGGACGGGGGUCCAGGGUGGGCAGAUCCCAGAGCUCAUCUUCUAUGCCUAAGAUUGUGAGGGGCCUAGAGAGGGUGAGCUCCCCAGUAAGUGCAGGGGAGGUGUGGGAUGCUGCCCAGGGCCUGACAUCAAAGGCUUCCCUUUCUUACUCAGCCCAAGUGUGGGAAGCAAGAGCUUUUUCUAUGUGGCCUGAGCCUGGUGGCCAAGUCUUGAGUGUCUCCUAUACACUGGAGUGCACACUGCAGGCAGAGGGCAGACUCGAGACUCAGUGUAGGACCUGGCCAAAUCCUACACUGUGGUGCUCAGGCUUUGGGUACUUGGAUGUGCCUCCCAUCUUUUUUGAUUCCAUGAGGUUCCAAGCUUACCUUGAGACCUUCCCCUUCAAAUCCAAAAACUACUGAAAAGUCACUUAAAGUAGUUCAUCUAUUUAAGUGGAUUUUCAUAAUAAAGGUUUCACAAAACGAA